AUGGAUAGGGAAAAUGCUGGGCAUGUUCCAAUUAAUAUCAAUUAGACAGAGAAUAAGAAGGGUCAAUGUUGUAAUCAUACUCAAGAUCAUUAAAAUCAACAUAAACACAAACAUUCACAUCCUCAUCAACAUCAGCAUCAUCAUCAUUCCUCAUAUAAUCCAUUUGCAAAUGUCCCCCAAGAGAUGAGAGUCUUCAUUUGGUAUGCCAUCAUUAGCGGUGAUUAUGCUAUGCAAAUCUUUAUGCAGUUGCCUAUGAUGGCUUAAGGCUAUUACUUUUACAUGAUGAUUUAACAGGCUCUUAUGAUGCCUAUUUAUAAACUUAAUGGAUGGCUCAAUCAAAUCAUGCCAGGCAAUAUGCUCAAAUCAAUAUUCGGAGGGUUCGCCAUCUAUUAUUUUAUGGGCCAUGGCCUUUUACUCUAUUUCAAUUAUGAAACAUAUCCUGAAUUGGUAUCAAUACCUAAUAAGUUAGAAUUACAUUAUUUACAUUAUUUAUGCUAUCUUUACUACUUAUUUCUUGGUUCUAUUAUGCCCACCAGGUUAGUUCAAAUAAGCAGAUUUCAAAGAACUUUUAGAUACUAAACCAGAACUACUCACACUCUCUAAAAUGAAUAGAAACAUCUGCAUUAUUUGCUCAAUCCCCAAAGUUGUUAGAUGCUAACAUUGUGUAUAUUGUCAAAAAUGCAUUAAAAGAUGGGAAUUUCAUUCUAUGCAAUUCAAUGUAUGCAUUGGUCUAUACAAUUAUCCACUCCUCAUUCUCUAUCUUAUUUCUUGGACUUUGUAUUGUUUUUUCAUACUCAGAGAACACAAGAGAAGUCCUAUUUUGAUUUGCUCAUUAUAUUAAUCAAUAUAUGGCAAUUCUAUUAUUUUGCUCAGCAAUACAUAUUGUGUUUAUUGAGAAUUUCAUACAACAUAACUCCCUCGGAAUUAGUAUAAUGGAGAAGAUACUCCUAUCUAUGGGCUAACGAUAGAGGAAUGUUUGGAAAUCCCUUUGACAAAGGGUUCAUCAAUAAUUGGAUAUCCUUCAUUAAGCCUUUUCUUACAAGCAAAGGAGAGGAAAAUUGGGCUACUAAUAAAUACAUCAAUGUUACUGACAUUCCUAAUCACCCUCUUGGAGCUUAAGCCUAAUUAAUAAUAGAUUAAUAGAUUAGACAAUUAAGAAAGAUGGAAAAAGAUAUGAUUAAAACAUAAGUAGCUAAUGAGGAGUCAGAGGGACUAUUGAAUGAGUGACAACAAUAUUUUUGUGGUUUAUAAUAUAAAGUUUUAUAUUUUAA